UGUGCUUCCCCGCUCGUCUUCCUCCGUGGGACACGCAGCAUGGCGGCGGCUGCUGCUGCUGGUACCAGCGGCCAGCACGUCACCGCGAUUUCGGCCUCUAAAAAAACACAGACUCGGGAGCAAAUCCGGAGGAACCGUGAGAAUUCCAACCGCAGACAAGCUGCUCUUUUGUUCCUGAGUAACAUCUCCUUGGACGGGCGGCCGGUGAGCCCGGCUGAGAAUGGAGGGAGUCUCCAGCACAAUGAGAGCGACCAGGGAGGUGCCGGACUUGCUUCUACGGUGGCGGGACUUUAUCCGGAGCCAAGUAACAACAAUGAUAGCUCCGGGACAUCUGCGACUUUGUCAGCAUCUGUCAGCUGCGUGGAAGUGAAAACAUCCACGACGCAGCGGGCAGGCGCGGGGUUCCUCACUGUGCCGCCUAUCCUGGUCCUGCCCUCGGACACGGAGAGUGCGGAUCUGCUGCUCGACCACCCGAGAGACUGUGUCCUCCUGGCCGCCAACAGCAACCUGCUGUCGCCUUCAGCGUCCAACAGCAGCCUUCAGCCUUCGCCGGUGGGACCACGGAAGUCUUCCACGCUGUUGUCGGUACAGAGCUGUAACUCCGUGUCCUCCGAGCUGAGGCAAAGGACUCGUAAUCUGUCAGGCGGGUCUCCUAAGCCUCGACACACCAAGAAGAUCCACUUCAUCAAAAACAUGAAACAGUACGACACAAGGGGUAGCAGGAUUGUGCUGAUCUGUGCUAAAAGAUCUCUCUGUGCUGCCUUCUCUAUUAUGCCCUAUGGAGAGAGUUUUUACCUCAGUGACCCAAUGUUGAAUCACCCCAGGAGGAGACACUCAUCCGGGAAUAUUUCCACGUCCUUGGAGAUGGGACUAGAGGGUUUUCACUUGGAUACCUAUGGCAGGUCGGUGUCAUAUGCCCAGUUCCUGUACCCCACUAACGCCCUGGUGAGGCAGAAGCCGUCUUCCACCAGCGACCUGACGCUACAAAUUCCCCUGUCUAGGAGCACUCAUAGCAUGCCGGGCAGGAGCUUUCCUCCCAGUAGGUUGAACAGCACUGUGGGACUGGACCUAGGACUGGAGGAUGUAACAGACUAUGACCCAAAUAUUCUCGGUGACCCCCAGUGGCCUUGUGGGAAACACAAACGUGUGCUGAUUUUUGCCUCCUACAUGACGACUGUCAUAGAAUACGUGAAGCCUUCAGACCUGAAGAAAGACAUGAACGAGACAUUCAAGGAGAAGUUUCCUCACAUCAAACUCACUCUUAGUAAGAUUCGCAGUCUGAAAAGAGAGAUGCAAUCAGUCGGGGAGGACUUUGGCCUGCAGCCCGCCACCAUCGCGAUGGCGUUUGUCUACUUUGAGAAGCUGGUGCUGCAGGGGCGACUCAAUAAACAAAACAGGAAGUUGGUGUCAGCUGCCUGUAUUCUAUUGGCUGCCAAGAUUAGCAGUGACCUCAAGAAACAGGAAGUCAAACACCUCAUUGAUAAGCUGGAGGAACGCUUCAGGAUAAGUAGGCGGGAGCUGAUAACAUUUGAGUUUACCAUCCUGGUGGCCCUGGAGAUGGCGCUCUACCUCCCGGAGAGUAAAGUCAUGCCACAUUACAGGCGGCUUGUGCAGCGGCAGCAGUUGUAGCUUCAUGGACACAUCUAUAUUGACUGCUGAUUUGCAGUUUUUAAAUAUGCAUUGGUUUCCACAAGCUCUUAAUUUUGUAUGGUAGUGGACAGCUGAGUAGCAUUCUGACUAGAACUCCACCUCAUUUAGUCUCCCUGAGUUCAACAAAUGGAGACAUGUCCAAACCUCUGCAUACAUAACCCAUAAGGAAUCAUGUGACGUGAAUCAAUCACACCUGUCCAUGGAGGCUGUUGUGACUUGUUUCAUGCCGCAUAAAGAAAGAGAAAAGUAUAAGUUAUUUUAUUGCAGGCGAUAAACACACCUGCGGCAUGGCGUAGUGGGUAGAGCAACCGUGCCAGAAACCUGAGGGUUGCAGGUUCGCUCCCCGCCUCUUACCAUCCAAAAAUCGCUGCCGUUGUGUCCUUGGGCGGGACACUUCACCCUUUGCCCCCGGUGCCACUCACACCGGUGAAUUGAAUGAUGAAUGACAGGUGGUGGUCGGAGGGGCCGUUGGCGCAAAUUGCAGCCACGCUUCCGUCAGUCUACCCCAGGGCAGCUGUGGCUAUGAAAGUAGCUUACCACCACCAGGUGUGAACGAAUGAUGGGUUCUACAUGUAAAGCGACUUUGGGUACUUAGAAAAGCGCUAUAAAAAUCCCAGUUAUUAUUAUUAUUAUUAUUAUCCUUUGGGAAAUAUCACUGUGUGACAGGUACUGGACUUAACCAGCAAUACCAAGCUUCCAAUAAAUUCCAGAAGAUUCCUGUGAAAUGUAAACCCGUCAGUGCACACCGGGCUUUGAUGUAGUUCUCCUAAUCAACUUUUCCAGGUGACAAAAACUACACUCAGACAGACACAACCACUUUGUUUUAAAGGAACAAUCUGCCAUCAUAUUAUGCACUUCUAACCAGUAGAGGGCAGCAAUACCUACCAAACCUUAUAUUUACUGAUGAGUUCUCGCUCCUAUUAGGGGCACUGGUCUGGUUCCCCUCAGCUCACACCAAAGGUUUUAUUUUGGCAAAACAUAUAUAAAGUAAAAAGGGUGGACCAGCAGCCAUGUUUGGUCUCUGCUGCUUAUGCACUUUGUCUUGUUGUCCUGUUUUAAACCUCAAACUAACAAAGAUAUUUUUCUACAAUGUAGUUUUGUAUAUUGUAAUGAUGUGCUUGCUGGUUUUUCUAUUCACCUCGGAACAAGCGGAUGUUGUUUCCACUUUCAAAUGUAUUUAGUAUUUUAGUAGUAAAAAAAUGUGUCUUCUCUACAUUAGAGACUUGAUUCUAUGCAGCAUUUAUUGAUGACUGACCUUGUUUUCUAUUGGACGUAAUUGCACACUUGGCUAUUUACUGUUUGUCUUCCAUUUAUUUAUUACUAUUUCUACAUUUAAGUUUAUUUGAAGUUACGUUUCUAUCAUUUUGUAUUUUGUUUGUUACUGACAAUGUGGUAAAUAAGACUGCAUCCGUUUUCUUCUGUUAUCCUCUUUUUCACAAUGUUACUGGUGCGUAGCGAAAUGAUACUGAAGCAUGGAUGCAUCAUGAAAGACAAGGAGUGAUGCUGUGUCCCUCCAUGUGUGUGUCACUUUAAGACAUGACCAAUAAAUCUGCUGUGUGAUUUGAUUGUGAA